CCAAGCGACGGGAAGUGAGGCAGAAGACGCUUCUUCUUGCCGAGCAGUAGGUUUAAAGUAUGGACUUGUCAUAUGGCCCGUUGGUCUUGGGUGUAGCAGCUGGCCUCGGCUGUGGGCUCCUUCUUGGUUGGCGCCUCGGGGCCCGCUUUGGUGCAACAUCCAAAAGUCUGUUGAAAGGGAAUGGCUCUGGAGAAGCAAGUGUGAUGGGAGAAGGAGGCGAGUUCAAAAUGAUUCUGGUGGUCAGGAACGACCUAAAGAUGGGCAAAGGGAAAGUUGCUGCCCAGUGUUCCCAUGCUGCUGUGUCGGCUUACAAGCAGGUCCAACGCAGGAACCCUGAGCUGCUCAGACAGUGGGAAUACUGCGGCCAGCCCAAAGUGGUGGUGAAGGCGCCUGACGAGGACACCCUGAUUGAUCUGCUAGGCCGCGCCAAGGAAGUGGGACUUCCCGUUAGUUUGAUCCAGGAUGCAGGAAGGACACAGAUCGCACCGGGCUCACGCACCGUGCUGGGCAUUGGCCCGGGCCUGGCCGAUCUGAUCGACAGUGUCACUGGAGACUUGAAGCUCUACUAGAGAUCCAGCUUUCAGCUGAGCUACCAGGAGUUUUAUUACAGGGCUUAGCUCAGUAAUGACACAUUUGUACUUUUACUGUGAUAGCUCAGUGACUCAGAGCAGUUCUUCACAUCAACGGGACGCUCAGACAUGAUGAUUUAAUAACCUUUGUCCAAGUUAUGUACUGCUAAUGAGAAGAUUGAUUUGUAGGCACUCAUACUGUGA